AUGAAUGAUUGGAUUACUAAGGCUUUGGAGGAGAAGCAGAUCUUAUCUCUUCCAUCUCUUGCAGAUGUAAAAGGGGUCUUCUGUGUGGCACGGGAGCAUGAGUGGUAUGAUGAUUGUGUUGUGAUGGACUGGACGGCCCUGCACCGUGGACUCCGGCCGAGUACCUCCUCAUUUAAUCCCACUGUUGCAGUGGCUGAGGUAAUGCGUUUUGGAUGUGAGUUGGAGGGGGAUGGAAGUCUGGCGACAGCGUUGGAAUUGCGCACCCCGUGGUGCGUGGUGCCACUCGCCGAGCAGGCGCAGCGACUCAGUGUUUUUUUACAUCCAUCUGGUGCGAAUGUUAAGCCAUACAUGUUUUGCCGUGGACCACCUGGGCAGCGUAGCGUUCGUGAUGACCUUCACUCUGUCCUUCAAGGGGUUCAGCGGCAGCUGCGGGACUCGGGCAUCAGGUGUCAUGUGUUCUUUGGAAGUGUCAUCGUGGUGUCAGAUGACUUUGAGCAUUUGAUGCACCUCACGGCGGCGGUGUAUCGGGCGCUGAAGAGUGCCGGCAUCGAGUUAAACGCAAAUGCCUCGUCAUUUGAGCCGAGACGAGUCUUUAGGACUGCUGGUGGUUUGUGUUGGAAUACAUUGAGCCCCAUAUCUUUGAAGAGUGUUGAUAACAUGGCUGCGCUUCUAGUUGAUUUGUUUUACAUGUGGUUGGGAGACUUCUACCUGUGGUUGUGUGUAACACCACCGGAAUCGUUGCUGGGUGUGGCCGGGAGGGACGAGGACAAAAUGAAGGUGUUUCGUGACUUCAUUGUGAAGAGGGUGGUGCCGAACUGCGAAUGUAUUGAGUUUAACGGUUUAGCUGACGUGGACGUGGAGGAACUGCUUACAGCUGCUAAGCCCCUCCUGAAACGGAAACUACCACUUGUUGGACCGCAGAAGUGGAGUGCACUUGAGUUGCGAUUGUGCCUUGCGGCUUUGAAAGCUUACGAGCACCCGCCCCCGUGA